ACCUAAACCAUUUCCCAUUGACCCCCACACUCCCUCGCGGCGCAUGUUAGCAUUUUCGGCCCUGAGAAAGAACAAAGCGCGUGAGACUCACGCGCCGGAGUCUUCAUCCUCCUCUUGCAACCAUUGUCGACACUCUCUCUUUCUCUCUCUACCUUCGUCUCUUCGAUUCCUCCAAGAUUCUGUUCCUUCUUUCGGAUCCACUUCCGCUUCGAUCCAAUUUUGUUACAAUGAUGAGAAUAGAUCAAAGGCGCCCACCUAAGAUGCCAAGCUUGGUUGACCUUUGUGUUCAGAAAGCGAUAGAUAAUGUGAGGUACCUUGGAGAUGUUGGUUGUCUUGACUACCAUCUGCUUGAUCAAAUCUUGUCACACUGCACAAUGCAGCAGUUGAUGCAUGUGGAGAAGUCUACCAAAGGAAGAGAUCUGAGCCCUGUAACUGAUAAGUUGUGGAAGAAGUUCUUUGAAAAGCAGUUUGGCACAAAUUGCACUAAUGAAGUGAUUCGGAGGAUGAGAGAAAAGAAAGCAUCAUUUAAAUGGCUGCAGUUGUAUGAGGCAAAAGUAAAGGAAAUGGCUCAGGCUGAGAAUAGAGCAGUUGAUCGAAUCAGGCAACUGUACAAGAAAGAAGAUGCAAAGAAACAGAGUAGGCAAGUAAGGACAUGCACCAAGGUUCCACCUUCAAGUAAAAGAAGAUUUUGGGGAGAUAAUGGACCUGGAUACAAUGUAUCAAAUGUGAAGAGCAAUAUAAUGAAGAAGGCAAAGAUAGAAUUUCUGAAGAGUAAUGAGGUAAAAAAUAUUGCAGCAAUGAAGAAUUCUAUCCAGAGGAAUCAUAGUUCAUCAAGCACCAUGAAGACUGGAAGAAUGUCUGGAAUUGGUUCAACUUCCAAAGAUCCCAAAUCUACAAAAAGGAUUUUUUAGAGGCAGAUUGCAAUGCUAUGUAUCAUUAUUUGCUUUUAAAUUUUAUCAUUUAUCUCCAUAAUAAGAAGAAAAAAAAAUGGAUUUUCUAUCUCAGCUAAGCAAUUUUACUUUUAUUUAGAUUUAUGUUUGCCGCGAAAAUAGAUAGCUUCAACGUGAAGUAUGCAUGGUAAUUAUUGUAAUAUAUUGAUUUCCAUGUAUAAAAAUUUCCAUGUAAGAUGUUUAUGUUGUAGCUGCUGCUGGCAUGGGGUGUCUGUAAGUUUGUUGUUCAUCAAUUAGUGAACCAGUGUCAAUUUUAAUAGGGAGGAGGAAAUUGCAUGUUUUAUUGAUUUCUUCAAAAUGUUUACUGCUUA